CGUGCUGGGUGCCCCCCCUCUCUACCUCUUCCCCGUGUGCUGGAUGCCCUCUGCCCUUUCCCUGCCCAUAGCUGUCCCUGCCCCUCUCCCCGCAGCCUGUUGUGUGCAUCUUCCCCUUAUUCUUUCCCUGCCCAUAAUUGUCCCUUCUCCCCUGCACUGGGUGCCCCCUGCCCCCUAUACCUCUCCUGCCCACUGCUGCCCCUUGCCCAGAGCGCAUAGUGCAUCCCGCUCAGUGCUGUCCCCCGGGCUCCUACCCCUGCUUGGAGCCCAGCUUGCUUUUGCAGGGUUGGACAGUGUGAGCCAUUGCUGUCAUGGGCCUCUCACCCCAUCUCCCUCUUUUUGAUUGAGGGAAGCUUCUGCCUGUCCCCUUUUAUUCUAGAGAGACAAGGCGAGUGAGGAUAUUUUUAAUUUCACGAACUUGGAGUAGCAUUACAAAUCUGGAUUCCAUGUCUUUUCUUGUAAGUAACCCAGAACGAAUUAGGCGGUGGGUGUCUGAAAAGUUCAUUGUAGAAGGCUUGAGAGAAUUUGAACUGUUUGGAGAGCAGCCUCUGGGUGACUCUCGGAGAAAAACCAAUGAUGCGAGCUCCGAGUCGAUAGCAUCUUCCCCUAAAAGGGACACCAUGAGCAGCUUUUUACCAGACAGCAGCUGUUAUGAGUUGCUCACCAUAAUAGGUCAUGGCUUUGAGGAGCUGAUGACUGUGAACCUGGCCAGGUAUAAACCAUCAGGAGAGUAUGUCACAGUCAGAAGGAUUAACUUGGAAGCUUGCACCAAUGAGAUGGUGACAUUUUUGCAGGGUGAACUUCAUGUGUCCAAACUCUUCAACCACCCCAACAUUGUGCCAUAUAAAGCGACCUUCAUAGCUGACAAUGAACUAUGGGUAGUGACCUCCUUCAUGGCUUAUGGUUCUGCAAAGGAUUUAAUCUGUACCCAUUUCAUGGACGGAAUGAGUGAACUGGCUAUUGCUUAUAUCCUCCAGGGCAUUCUGAAGGCUCUUGACUACAUUCACCAUAUGGGCUAUGUACAUAGGAGUGUGAAAGCCAGCCACAUCCUGAUCUCUGUGGAUGGAAAGGUGUACCUCUCAGGCCUGCGCAGUAACCUAAGCAUGAUCAACCACGGGCAGCGGCUCAGAGUUGUCCACGACUUCCCCAAGUAUAGUAUCAAGGUCCUACCAUGGCUCAGUCCAGAAGUCUUACAGCAGAAUCUCCAGGGUUAUGAUGCAAAAUCCGACAUUUACAGUGUGGGGAUAACCGCCUGUGAACUGGCAAAUGGACACGUCCCAUUUAAGGAUAUGCCUGCUACUCAGAUGCUGUUGGAGAAGCUGAACGGAACUGUUCCAUGCCUGCUAGACACCACCACGAUCCCAGCUGAGGAGCUGACCAUGAAAACAUCCCGCUCAUGUGCUAACUCUGGGAUUGGUGAAGGGAUGGCAGUUAGCAAUGUGAGGGCAGCCAAUGGGGAGUCAACACUGCACCCUUACCAUCGGACCUUCUCAUCCCACUUCCAUCACUUUGUGGAGCAGUGCCUGCAGCGUAACUCUGACUUGAGGUACAGCCAUAAUGGGAAUGCUUGUUUACAGAUCUGCUCUAAACGCCAUUUGGGGCCUGGGCCAAGUGCAAGCACCCUGCUGAAUCAUUCCUUUUUCAAGCAGAUCAAACGCCGUGCAUCCGAAGCACUUCCUGAACUACUGCGCCCUGUCACACCAAUCACCAACUUUGAAGGUACGCGGCCACAGGAUCCCAGUGGCAUUUUUGGACUGGUAUCCAGUCUGGAACAGCUAGAGGUGGAUGACUGGGAAUUCUAGAGCAAUGUGGCAAAUAUAUGGUUCUAAAGCUCUUGAAGGAGCUUUCUGGACAUAGUAAUUUAUUGGCCCCUCUCAAAUGAAGCUGGGAUGAAUGUUACAUGCAGAAGAGUUUACAUGACUAUGGUAAGGAACUUCACCUGGUCGUUUACUUGAGCAGAGCCUGGAAUCACUCUUGGACAGAAAUUAGCUGGAAAAAGGGAUCUGUUUGUAGGAAAUGCUGAAUGUUUCCUCCUUGGUGCCAGGAGCCCCCCAGCUCUUGCUGUUGAGCACCAGGUAUAGGCUGCAUUAGGAGUUUUGUUCACCAGAGCUGAGUCAGUCCCGAUUUGUUGGUCUCCAUACACAUUGUUUCCCCCUAUUACUGACUCUCUAAUGUCCCUAGUUUAGAGGGUUCUGUGUGUCUGUUUAGAUAGACCCUUUGUUUUGUUCCUUUACAAGGGUGCCUUGAGACAAAUGUAAAGGAGGGGAGAAGGAAUGCAACUCUUCUUAGACUUGGACAUUCUCUUCUAGACCGCCAGGUUCUGACUGUGGCAUUCCUCUCAUGGGGUCACUCUUUUUUGGCAAUAACAGAUUUAGCCUGCUGCUUUAUUGAGAGGAAAAUGGAAGAUCAGACAGCACUGGAAAAAGGGGUCCUCUUCUAUUCCAGGCAUGCUCAGAGGUUAGGAGAUUUCUCUGCAAGGCUGCAUUCGUCUCUUCAAGGAGACCCGUAGAUAUUUGUUUUUUUAAAAAACUCUUGCCAUGUGGUGCUGAAUGCCCUGAAGUGCAGGUCAGCAGGGCACCCCAAUUUUCUGGAACUAACCAGCUGUUCCUGUCUCUCCAUGUAGCCAUCUCAGCCACCAGCUGCAUUUUUUUUAAAAGUAAGAUGUAGUUUUGAAAGUCUUUGAAACUGCACCAUACUAUAUUUUACAAUAAAUGCCAUUUAUCUGGCUGGUCCCAUCCUGCAGCAAGGCUAAUGUCACUGCAUGGAACGUGCUGGCCAGUUUCUGUUUCGAGAACCUACCAUGGGAGGGGGAAAGGUAAGUUUGGAGCUUGCGCUCUCUCUGUGCCCUGCCAUUGGCAGAACUCUCUGCUGCUGUGGCAGCUCUCCCUUCACUGUGGUGUUCAGGUUCUCCAGACUGCAAUUUAAGGCCUUUUGUUCAUCCUUUCUAAGCACCAUGUGCAUCAUCGAUCUUCCUUCUCAAUGAAGUACUGAGAAUCCGGUCCUGUACUGGUGGUCACCAAGAGCAGUGGUGCUGGUGACAGGUCAUUUUUGUGUGUAUAAACUGUACUUGAACCCAAAUAAAGUUUGUUACUCUAGUUUUGUUGCCAAAACAAAUAAAAAUGUAAGUAUUUCUGAA